AUGCCAAUGGAAGGAGAGAAGGAUCCGCCUUCAGGUGAUGCUUUCUUUGCGGCCCUUCAAGCCCAACGCAGUGCUGGCGAGCUGCUGCAAUUGCUGCUAGAGGAGUCAUCAUCUUCAGCCCGCAGCCAAUGGGAGAGGAUGUUACUGGCUGAGGAGGGCCUUCAAAGUACCAGCUCCCAGCUCAUCCGUUUGCUUUGCGACACUCCACCCGAUCCACAGCUUCAUGAGGUUCUUUUAGAGCUUUUGUGGCGUGGAUUACGGCAUGUGACUCUUGAUGGCAAGCACCCUGAAUCUUCGCCGAUCACUACCUUGCAAACGACCUUUGGCAUGGGGCCGGUGAAGAGGCUUCAAGCCCUGACUCCACAGCAGCUCCUGGAAUGGGGAUGCGAUAUCGCGCUGGAAGAAGUGAGCCGAAGCAAGCAUCCGGUUGUGACGCUUUGCGAUUGUAAAGUCCAGAUCGCCUCGGUGCAGCUGGUGCCCAAAGCUGUUGUGGUCUCGGCUUACAGCUUUGUAAUUCUCCGUGGUCAUGGUCAAACGGUGGAGAUUCCAUACUGUGUCCUACGCAGGAAGUCAAAUGAUGCAAGCAAGUCUUUGGUGUUUGAGUGCCAAGUGGCAAAGAUCCAGGCCCUGCGGGAAGCCUACCAGUUUCUGCCCGAGUGCUUUGAGCUCCCGGCGGUGGCUGAUCUCUCAUUGACCACGAGUCGUCUUGCAGAGACGAUGGCACUCUUUGAGGUCUUUGCUCAUGCGCACCAAAGAUCCGAUGAGGCCAAACACAAAGCAAGCGGCAGACAAGCCACUCCCAGUGGGUCAACCAAGCCGACGUCUUCGGAGUCGAAGAUUGCCGAGGAAGACAACAAGGUGCAGCCGACAUCUUCGGUGCCCGAAGAGAUGCAGCCCGCCGAUGCUCCCAAUGCAAAGUGUGCAUCGGAGACGCGAAAGCCAGCAAGUGCGCCGAAAGCUGACCAAGCAACAAGGGCAAGGGCUUUGCCGGCCAUGCCAAAGGCCAUGGUGGCACCAAAGGCCAAGAGCAUACCCAAAGCAAAGGCCAAAGCAAAAGCAAAGGCCCAAUCAAGGGCCCAGUGUGCUGCAAAUCCCAGGGCCAAAGCCAAGGCAAAGUGUCAGCCGAAGGCUAAAGCCCAAGCGAAAGCAAAAAGCACACCAAGAGCCAAGAUGGAAGCGAAGGCCAAGAGUGUGCCUAGAGGAAAGAGCGCACCAAGGACCAAGGGAACGCCAAAAGCCAAGAGCCCGAAGUCUAAGAAAGCAACGGAUGCAAAAUCCAGGGAGCACGCUUCCAAAGCCAAAGCCUUGCAAAAGCCUUCUCUCAAGGCGAUGGCAAAGCAUCGUGCAUCCGGAUCCAAGGCAAAGGCGGCGAAGCGAGCCCAGCCGAGGCGACCAGUGCCACCUUCCAAAGCUUCAGCUUCGCAGCGGAAACGUUCCUACUGUGAAGUGAAUGCCCACAGGAAGAACUCAAAAUCCCAGGACUGCACCAAAAGGUCACGCCGAUGA